AUGAUCAAUCUUUCUCUAUAUCAGACAAAUUCUUUGUCCUAUACAAUCAUAUGGAUGCUCUUUGUGAUUCCCUCUUGUGUGUUGUCAGUUGAUGAGCGACAGAAACACUGCUCUCCUACGUUUAGAUGUGGCAAGCAGACAGAUCUCUAUUAUCCCUUUUGGUCACCUGACCGAGAAGAGUGCGGUCACCCGGUUUUCAAGGUCAACUGCAGCGGAGAUUUCGCAGAGUUUACUAUAUCCACGGUUAAGUUCCACGUCCUCGAGAUGAACUAUGAGUCUCGUAUAAUAAGACUUGUAAGAACAGAGUAUCUCAACAAUCUUUGUCCUUGGCAUCCAGAGAACAGAUCAAUCAACCAAGAAGUCCUUCCAUUUCUUCAAGACACCGAGCUAGGAACCUUUUAUUACAACUGCUCUGGUCCAACGGUAGACGAACUUGCCAAUGGUUACAUCAGACAGCUUGGGUGUGAUGAAGAAGUUGGUGGGAAAAGUUACUUUGUCUCGUCCCCUUCACAUCCUGGGAAUAGAGCUAUCUUAGAUGGGUUAAGUGCAUCGUGUGAAAGAAACGUCGAUAUCCCUGUUUCUCGAUCUGCCAUGGAGACAACAGCGACAAAUCAGAGUCUCGAGGCUAUAAAGAAGGUUCUUGAUGUGGGUUUCGAACUUGGCUUUAACAGUGAUUGUUCCCUAUGCGUAGCAUCAAAAGGUGCUUGUGGCUUUAAUCAGAGCUCAAAAGCAUUCGUCUGUUAUUGUAAAGAUGAGCCUCACGAGCAUACAUGUGGAAAGAUGGGUAUAGGCAUUGGACUUGGCUGUGGAUUUUUGGGUGCCACUCUUAUUACCGUAUGUUUGCUCUGUUUCUUUUUCCAAAAGAGACGAACUUCACAUCAUCUAAGACCAAGAGACAAUAACCUAAAGGGGCUAGUACAACUGAAACAGUACAGUUAUGCCGAAGUGAGGAAAAUUACAAAAUUAUUUUCUCACACGCUUGGGAAAGGAGGAUUUGGAACUGUCUAUGGGGGAAACCUUUGCGAUGGUCGUAAGGUUGCAGUGAAAAUAUUGAAAGAUUUUAAGAGUAAUGGUGAAGACUUCAUCAAUGAAGUCGCAAGCAUGAGCCAAACAUCUCAUGUUAACAUUGUUUCUUUGCUUGGUUUUUGCUAUGAAGGGUCCAAAAGAGCUAUUGUGUAUGAGUUUCUAGAGAAUGGGUCGCUGGAUCAAUUCCUCUCUGAAAAGAAGUCACUGAAUCUAGAUGUAAGUACGCUAUACAGAAUCGCUCUAGGUGUUGCCCGGGGACUUGAUUACUUGCACCAUGGCUGCAAAACAAGGAUUGUUCAUUUCGACAUCAAACCUCAGAAUAUACUAUUAGAUGACACAUUCUGCCCUAAAGUCUCAGACUUUGGCCUUGCUAAGCUCUGCGAAAAAAGAGAAAGCAUUUUGUCCUUGCUAGACGCAAGAGGAACAAUAGGUUACAUUGCACCUGAGGUGUUUUCAGGAAUGUAUGGAAGAGUCUCUCACAAGUCAGAUGUUUACAGCUAUGGAAUGUUAGUCCUCGAGAUGAUCGGAGCAAAGAACAAAGAAAUAGAGGAAACUGCUGCUUCUAACUCUAGUUCAGCUUAUUUUCCAGAUUGGAUCUAUAAAAAUCUUGAAAAUGGAGAGGAUACAUGGAAAUUUGGUGAUGAGAUAAGUAGAGAGGAUAAAGAGGUUGCAAAGAAGAUGACCUUGGUGGGUCUCUGGUGUAUACAACCAUCUCCAUUAAAUCGUCCACCGAUGAACAGAAUUGUUGAGAUGAUGGAAGGAAGUUUGGAUGUUCUUGAAGUCCCUCCUAAGCCUUCUAUACAUUAUUCUGCAGAGCCUCUUCCGCAACUGUCUUCUUUCUCAGAAGAGAAUUCAAUCUACACUGAGGUAUUUAUAGGAUCCACAAGUUGA